AUGGCUAAUCUCACUACGGCUCCUUGCAAGUAUACGAUCGGUAAAACGAUCAGACAAGAAGAUUACUUUGUAAUCAAAGAGGCUCAACAUAUAGAGAAAAAGAAAACUUAUGCUGUAGAAGUUGUUAGCAAAAAGUUCCUACAAAAUCGAACACACAUUAUUCGUAAUGAAAUUUCUGCUUUGAAAAAAAUUUCUCAGGGCCACAAAAAUAUAUUAUCGCUACACGAUUAUUUUGAGACUGAAAACAAUC